AUGUUUAAUGAAGAAGAAUUUCCUUUUCAGUCUGGUUUUCUUAACAAAUAUGUACAACCUAACACUACCACCAUCAGCCUGUGUCCUCUUCCUUUUGAAAAUAAGCUAAGUCACAUAUCUUCUUCACCACCUGCAGCCGAUAUAGUUCAACUAAGGUUUUCUCCUGUUACAGGUUCCUUCAGCAGGGACCUGAGUCUUGAAGCUGAUGUAAGUGAAAGCAAUGCUGGCAAUAUUGGGGCUGAUCCCAAGGCUGAUCAAACAGUGGCAGAUGAACCUGGUGAAUCAGAUGGAAAUAACACAGUUGCUGUCUAUGGUGAUGUGAAUUCUAAUAGUCAGGAUUGCUUACACAAUGUUGGCCAUCCUAUGGUCACCCGAAGGCUCGGUGUGAUCCUUGAUGCGUGCCCACUUCUAUUGCAGUUUGGGACAUACCAAAGUGUUCAGAUUUACAGGACGCAAGAUUUAUGGAGUGCUUCUAUUUCCCUGCUUUCUAUCAUGGUCUCGACGCAUGCAAUUUCUGGUUGCUUCUCCCCCCGCCACCCCACCCCAUGA